AUGCAGAUUACGGAUCCCAAAUCAACGCAGUUUAAAUACCGCAUGAUCACUCUUGCUCUGGUUAUUCUUUUCUACACCUCAAAGGCGGUCAUCCUUCUAUACCAACAGGAAGGUCGAGACAGUAUCGAAGUUCAAGAUGAUCAAAAACUUCCAGUGGAACGCCGCCUUCUGCUAAUGAAUCCCACCAUUCCUCCCUUCAAAGGUCUCAAUUGUACACCUCUAGCUAUCGAUAACUUCCCACGCGAUCAGUUUACUCAAAAGCAGCGCAGAUCGGGUCUUGUUAUCUUCCACAUAUUUGCAGCCGCCUACAUGUUCCUUGCACUGGCUAUCGUCUGCGACGAGUACUUCAUUCCCUGUCUCAAGGUCAUCUGCGAUGUCCUGCGUCUGCAGCCGGACGUGGCUGGGGCGACUUUUAUGGCGGCUGGUAGCUCUGCACCUGAACUGGCCACAACUCUUGUCGGUGUACUUAUUGCUCGAGAUGACAUCGGUCUGGGAGCUGUAGUCGGUUCCGCCGACUUCAAUGUCAUGUUCGUUACCAGCGUUUGUGCGCUUUUCAGUAAAGAGAUAAUAUACCUCAACUGGUGGCCACUCGUUCGUGACAGCACUUUCUAUCUCGUGUCAAUCAUCCUUCUCGCCUCGGUCAUUGUCGAUGAAAAAGUUUACUGGUACGAAGCUCUAAUUCUACUCCUCUUCUAUGGUUUCUACAUCUCUCUGAUGCAUUUCAAUCGACGCCUGGACGUACUACUGAACGCCUGGUGUCUCUCCCAUCGCAACAUCUGUCCCCGAGUGCUACACGAUGAGGUGAGCAAUGUGGAGAUCGCGGCACAGAGUUCGGGCAAAUUCGGUGGCAAGUAUGGCGAGACAAUGGGUUUGCAGUCUUCUGAAACACCUCUAGCCAAUUACUCUCGACUGGAGGCGGAUGAGUCUGAGUUGAUAAAUCAUCUAAGCUCCCAUGAAGUCAUUGAAGAUGUUGCCGCAGUACCUCGUAGUGAUCCAGAGACAGCCAUCGCACCGACUUUUCAAAGCAAGGAGCAACUAACUGGUGGCGUCACAGGGGAUUCGGAUCCCCGAACAUUUGCCCAAAUCUGUCUUGCGCCUCUGGCCUUCCCACCCAAGGGGACAUCGAUGAUGCGGUGGAUCUACUACAUCCUCGCCUGGCCCAUUCGCUUCUGCCUCUGUCUCACCACACCCGACAGCCGAUCUCCACGAUGGCGGCGUUGGCAAGGGCAUUGGAUUGCAUUUCUGGUCUCCUGUUUUUGGAUUGGUGUCUUCACCAUCUUUAUGAUGUGGAUGAUCGCGGUUGUUGGUGUGACCUUGGGGAUUCCAGACACGAUUAUGGGCCUAACCUUCAUAGCUGCUGGAUCUAGUGUCCCAGACGCGAUUACCUCCGUCAUUGUGGUUCGCGAAGGUGAGGGUGAUAUGGCUAUCUCCAACGCGGUGGGAAGCAACAUCUUUGACAUCCUCGUUUGUAUGGGACUUCCCUGGUUGGUGCGCAGUAUGGUUAUUGGUGGACCCGUAGUAAUCUACUCGCAAGGCCUGACCUAUGCCACAUUGACUCUCUUCGUCACUGUGUUGAUUCUCCUCGGCGCAACGCAUUUGAAUCGCUGGCGACUGACUAAACCCUACGGUGUGGGGUUAAUGAUCACCUACAUUCUCUUCCUCGUGAUAUGCAGCCUCUACGAGUUAAACAUCUUCGGAAUGGUGCACCCACCAGCGUGCUCCUACGUCGAGUCACCUUAG